UGUAUACCUAUCUCGCCAAGCAAGUGCUUAUGCUACAUAGCCAAAUAGCAAUAAACUUACAUACAUUCCGACGAUUCAAAACUUUAGAUACCUGGUUUUCAUCAUUAUAACCGAAAGCUUUUUAUUUUUUUACAUCCUUGAAAUGUAAUUUAGCAAGAAUUUUGAUGAAAGUACCGGUCACCUUCAACACCUGGAGAUGAGAUUCUUCAUCUCACAGGUGAUGAGCAGAUGAAAGAUUUUUUUGGAACAUAAUGACACAUUUUUCAAUCACUGACAGAAAAACUGGAAGAUGAUUAAAAAUACAAGGCACUGAUAAAUCAUGAAAGUUUCAUUAACCUCUAAAAUUAUUCAUGUUUAAUUAAGUUUUAACCAGCAUUUCUUUUGCAACGAUUUGAAAAUUCAUGUGAACCAUAUGUCUCCAGCUGGUUUAUCAGCAAGAGGCCUGUGCAGUUUAAUGGACCCUGGACAACCAGAAGCUCGUCUAUAUGACGAGCAUUUCUUACAUUACUCAGAGAAUGGUUGUGUACAAUCAAAGUCUUCUACUACAGGAAACUUCUCACCAAGGUAUCGCCACUCAAUUAGGCCAAAUAAUUCAACAAUUGGGCAAAAUUACUGCUAUGCAAGGUCAUCAAGCAAUAUGUCAGACAGCAGCAUUUCUGACACACACAGUGGUGGUACAACACAAACAUUGUCGCAACAUACUAGUCCGUCGCAUGGUACGCUCUCUUCUCAGUCAAGGCAUGACAAUUCAACUCUCUUCACUGCCCUUUACGAUUAUAUUGCUCAAGGCGAGGACGAGCUUUCGUUACAAAGAGGUGAAAUUGUCGAGGUGCUGUCAAAAGAUUCAAAAAUAUCUGGAGAUGAAGGGUGGUGGACUGGAAAAAUUCGAGGAAAAGUGGGCAUUUUCCCAGCUAAUUUUGUCGCCGAGGCAGAAAUCAUCGAUAGAGUAUCUUCUGUGAUUGAACAAGUACAGCCAGUGGAAAUCGAUUUUGAAGAAUUGCAAUUGGAAGAGGUUAUCGGUGUUGGCGGUUUCGGUAAAGUCUAUCGAGGAUUUUGGGAUAAAAAAGAAGUAGCCGUCAAAGCGGCCCGCCAAGAUCCAGAUGAAGAGCCGAAUGUGACCCUACAAAAUGUAAGGCAGGAGGCCAAACUCUUCUGGUUACUCAAGCACGAAAAUAUCGUGCAGCUGGAAGGUGUUUGUUUGAAAAUGCCUAACAUGUGUCUAGUGAUGGAGUAUGCACGCGGUGGAAGUCUUAAUCGAGUUCUCAGUGGUCGCAAGAUCAGACCCGAUGUUCUUGUUGAUUGGGCCAUACAGAUCGCUCGUGGCAUGGAUUAUUUACACAAUAAGGCACCUAUCAGUCUUAUCCAUCGAGACCUCAAGAGUUCCAAUGUAUUGCUGAGUGAACCAAUCGAGAACGACGACUUCCAAUGCAAAACGUUGAAAAUCACGGACUUUGGACUGGCUAGAGAAGUGUACAAAACUACUCGUAUGUCAGCUGCUGGCACGUAUGCCUGGAUGGCGCCCGAAGUCAUAAAAAAAAGCACCUUUAGCAAAGCCAGCGAUGUUUGGAGCUAUGGUGUACUUUUGUGGGAAUUACUGACUGGAGAGACGCCAUAUAAAGGGAUCGAUGCAUUAGCAGUAGCCUAUGGUGUAGCUGUGAAUAAAUUAACAUUGCCCAUUCCAACAACUUGUCCACAACCAUGGAGAUAUCUCAUGGAAGCUUGCUGGGCCUCUGAUAGUCACUGUCGGCCAGGUUUUGCGGAAAUCCUUAUUGCUUUAGACGAAGUUAGAAGUGCCUUUGCUGCAACUCCUCAUGAAUCGUUUCACACGAUGCAAGAAGAUUGGAGACUUGAGAUUGAGCAAGUUUUGCAUGGACUGCGUAUGAAGGAAAAGGCAUGCCGGUCACUAGAAGAGGAAUUACGCUGUAGAGAAGAAGAACUUACGAAAGCUCAAGUACAACAGAGGCAACACGAAGAGAAUUUAAGGCAACGAGAAAAGGAACUUGCAGCUCGCGAGAUCGAUCUGUUAGAACGCGAGCUUACCGUCAUGAUUAUUCAGCAGCAAGCUACUCCUACGCCCAAUAAAAGACGGGGAAAGUUUAAAAAGUCAAAAUUAAAAUUGAAUAAAAAGGAACCGGGUAGUAAAAUUAGUGCCCCUUCAGAUUUCAGGCACACUAUCACUGUACAGCAUACAGCUCCAGAUCUAGUGAAAAGUCGUAAUCCCUCGCGAUCGAACAGUCCACCUGGUUCGCCCAGUAUUCCACGAUUACGGGCGAUUGCCUUACCGGCAGAUGGAGUGAAGGGCAAAACCUGGGGCCCAUCCACUCUUCAUCAGCGCGAACGUGGAGCGAUCAUACCGCCAGCGUGCUCGUCGUUGACUUCAAACGCCGCAUGUCCAGGAAUGAGCGCGAUCAUUGGCGAAGCAUCCAGUAGUGUACCGGGGAAACGCUGGUCGCGCUCCGCGCCUGACCUCGAAAAGGCCCCGCUGCGCGCGGCGCUGCUAGUUGCGGCGUCGGCGGCCAUUGACCAUGCAGCCCAUUGCCAGCUAAAGCAUCAGCAACCACACCGACGUACUCCUCUCCAGGAAAUAGGUAACGACCACAAGCACAACAACAACAACAACGAUGACAACGACAACGAGCACUGCAACGACAACGCCAGCGCCAGCAGCGACAACUGCAAGCACGACGCGAGAAAGCUGCACUCGUCGGCGAACGAUCUUGUGGCCGCGCGUUUUGAGCUCGGUGGCAGCGGCGGCGACGACGAGGACGACGACGACGAGCUCGACGACGAGGACGACGACGAUGACUCCUCGUCUUCGAGCUUCGUCGUCGGCUGCGUGCGUAAGACCAAAAGGCGUGAGCGCAGUAAGUCCAAGGACUCGUGGCGGCCGCAGAACGCAUCGGGCGCAACCGGCGGUAAGAGGCGCGAUAGCAGUGAGUCGAGACUCAACUCGCUGGCCGACUUCUUUCGAUCGCCCUCGGGCUCGCGCAAAAGCUCACUUGCCCACGGCGAGCGUAAGAACUCGUCGAGCGUGGUUAGCAUCAAGAUCAACGACUCCGACGGUUUCGAGUCGAGCCCCGAGAACUCGGUAGCUCAGCAGCAGCGGCACAAAUCUCGGCGCGUCUCCUCCAAGAGCCCGCUGCGGGUCUUCAGUCGAGUGCGGACCUGGGGCAGCAGGGACGCUCUGGACGAUCGGGCCGCGGGCGCGGGCGCGCGCGUCGAGUACAGUGUACUGCAGAACAGCGUCACACUGUCGAGGCUUGAGGGCCCGGGCCUGGCGCAGGCCCGCCGGCCACCACCCCCGCCGCAAGCCUCCGCCACGCCGAGCUUCCUCGCGGCGAAUUCGCGCGAAGGCAUCGACUUUGAAAGCCUCGAGACGGAACUGUGCCAGGCUGGUGGUGAGCACGGCAGCUCGCGCGUCGGUGACCUUCGGAUGUUGCGGGAGCUUGGCGCGGCGCGGAGCCGCGCGAGCGACGACGACACCACGGAUCUGCUCGUCGCCGACCACGAUCGCGGUCUCUCAGCGCAGCCCAGUCUGCCGGCGCUCGAGCUCGCUACUGAACGCUCCUCGUCCGAUCACCACCGCAGCAGCACCCUUGGAUCCUCCGCCAAGCCCAAAAUUCAUAGCGCUAAACAUUUGUUUCGCAAAAAUUUCUCGGCUACUGGACACUUUUCUAAACAUUGAGCGCGCUUCCAGCUUCGCAGCGCCAUUUGUCCCUCUACUUCUCUCCCGCCCUCUUUUUAACGUUCUUUACGUUUAUUUCGUUUGAUAUACGAUACAGUACAUCUACCUCUACCCUCCUGUUCUACGGCGUGCGACCUUUUUACCUUUAUGCCGAAGUUUUUUUUCCUUCAGUCAAUUCGACUUCGAAAGUAACAUUGCCGAUGCGCCCUCGUCGUUACAAUUAAAAUUAACUUUCAUUAGAAAAGCGAACGAGAAUUAAAAUAUUUUCUUAAAUUUUUUCUUUCUAUAUAACAUUCCAAACGUUUAUUGCACGCAAGUAAAAUUUUACUAUGGAUGAUUGUAAAAGCAACCCUUUGUUAACUUUCACGAAUAUUAUAGAUAUUUAGAUGAUUUUAUAUGCAAUUUAUUAUUAUUUUUAUUAUUUUUUAUUAUUAUUAUUAUUAUUAUUAUUAUUAUUAUUAUUAUUAUCAUUAUUAUUAUUAUUAUUUACGUAGAAUAAGUCGUACUUGAAUUUGUUUAUGCAUUAUUACGACCUUUCAAUUUCUUACAAAUAUCUAAAAUACUUUGUUAUCAUACAUUAGAUUAACGUGGAAACCUUGAAAUAACAUACUUUUGAUAAUACAUAUAAAUGAAUGGCUACCUGUAUUAAUAAUCUAAUAUUGAUUGCUUAUCAGAUUAUUAUUGAUUAGAUUACUAGAUGUUUAUAUAAUUUAGUAAACUUUAAUACUAUUUUUUUAUUUAUAGUUCCAUUGACACGUUCAGUACUGAGGCAAAUUUUUUAAAUUGGUGAUGCCGUACAAAAUUAUGUUGCAUCAAAAUUUUGACAAUGACAAGUAAAUUCUUACGCAUUAAAUUUAAUAAUUAAUUCCUGUAUAAUAAUUCCUUGCCGUAUAAUUUGUUAUCUGAAAAUUGAAUGCAUAUGCAGCCUAAAAUUCAGAAAAAUAAAUGAUAAUAAAUGAUGCAUAUUCAAGUGUCACAUCGUCCUGAGCGUGUUAGAUAGAAAAAUAAUCUCAAAUUAUGGUCAACGCCAUAACUGAUUUCAAUUUUAAAUAUGGAGUAUGUUAACUUUGUUGUUCUAGUCUUUACAAUAACAAAAAUUUAUGCGAAUAUUGUACAUAUUUGUAAUUUACAUAUUGGUGUGACAAAAUUUCUAGCUAUAAACAAUGCAGAAUUUCACUUGUCUUUUCAUGAAUGAACAAUUAAAACUUGUGUAUUAAAAAUGAAUUGUACGUGUUCGUACGAAGUAAAAAUUCUAUAUCUGUUUUCGAUUAAUUUAGGGUUCAGAAAAAGAUAAUUCUAAAAAGUUAUUAAUGCAUGCGUUCAAGAUCCCAUCCUUAAUAAAAUAUAUAGAAAAUAGAGAGAAUCUGCCAUAGGUGUCCACUAAUCGCUCAUUUGAAUGUCUCGAUAAAUAUUCGAAAAAAAUAAUGUCUACUUAUUGCUUCAAACGUGGGCUGUUUGAUCAUUCACUGCGAAAACCCUCUACGUAGUUUCUUCCACGGUCCAAAAUAAAAAAAAGAAAACAAAAACCAAGACUAAACUUCUAACUGCAUUCGUAAUAAAGGCAGUCUAUAAGCGAGCUUUAGCUUUUAAUUUUCUCUAACAAGAUAGAAAUCUUUCAUGAUAUUAAUCACUUCAUAAUAUCUACGCGGUCAACGAUAACUAGAAAAUGUUUUCGUUUUCUCUAAUAUAAUUGGACUCACGUUAUUGAUAAAAUAAUAAUUCCUUUCAUGGUUCCUCCGUAGCAGUAGAUAGCACAUAAGACACUCACACACACCAGACGUGCGAGAUCAUCUGUCCAUCCUUACUAAAAUCCAAAAUGUACGUUUACUAAAAUGGUUGAAAUGAAGUUUUCUAGUUUACCAUACAUUUACUUUUCAAAUUAGUUGGUUAUCCAUUAUUCUCAACCAAUGAGGAUUUUGCUGUGCCCAAUAACGAUAAUUCUACUUAUUUACUUCUACGUCACUUUUGAAGGUGCACUCGUCAUAAUACAAUAUAUCUAUGAAAACUGUUUGGUUGGCGUACUGGCGAAUUGCAUAAUUCAAGACGUUGUCGAAUAUCAACGAUAUUCAAAUCCUGAUGAAGCUCCAUCCGGAUGGAAUUUACUUAUUUGAAGAACACAUUGAAUCGUGAACUUAAGAGUAUCGCGUAAGUUUAAGAGGAAUUUCGUACGGAUCGGAAACAAACUGAAAUAUAAUGUUUAAACGAAAUAUGUUCUUUCCUACUGCGAUAUUGCGAAUGAAGUUUUGUAGGUUUUUUUAAAAAGAGGAAUUGAUCUUAAAAAUUGACUCCAAGGUCAAAGCCAAUGUUAUUAAGACAUAUCACCUUAAAAUUUUGCAACUUUUAUCUCAACCAUUUUUCACGUAAACAUGUAUUUUGGAUUUUAGAAGGGGUUAACGGGUGGUCUAUAAUAUCAGAUGAUCACCCGGUAUAUCAUAUAUGAGCUACCUUUUAUGUGAUGACCGCACUUUGGUAAAGAAAAAAAAAUUAAUUUUCGAAAAAAUUGUUACGAAAAUAUGUUUCACAUAAUUUGCGCUAAAGCAGCUAGUUUGCCUAAUUAUGCCAAAGCAGAUUUGACUGGGUUUGCGUGGUCGUUUGAUAAAAAGAAAUAAAUAAAUAGUCGUGACUAGAGAAAAUUCAGAUUUUUAAAACAAUGAAAUAAAAAAAGCACGUUUCAGUUUGUUUUAAUGUCUAUAAUAGCUUAAUUUAUCCUUUAAUUUAUGUAAUGUGUGAUUAUUUUUUUGUGGUUUAAUUGUGUUCAAAUGAAAAAUUAUCGUGCAAGGGAUCAAUCAUUUGCAUUAGAAAUGCUAGUUAAUGUGAUUGGAGUCAAUAUUGAUUUUUAAUAACAUAGUUUAAAAAGGGUAGUAAACACUUUGUUUUUAUUUAUUCAACUUUAACCUGUUGGCGUUAAGAUGGGUUAGUUUGGAUUAGUAUUUAAAAAUUCUGGAAAUAAUAAUAAUAAUAAUAAUAGAACUGAAAUGCAGAUAAUUUGAGAAAUAAGUAUUUUAGAUUUUCAGACAGUAUAGGUUUAAUGAUUUUCGGUAUUUUUUGAAUUAAUGUAAAGUUCAGAGAUUAGGAACGUAAUAAAUUUAUUCCGGCACAAACGACAUAUCUAAACGAUAAUGUGAAUAUACAGUUGCAGUCAAUUUUGUUACGUAGCAAUGAUCGGCCAUCAAAGCCUACCAGCUUAUGGCGUUACGUUUCAAUAGUCUCGUUGAGUGCAAGAUAAAAAGUGAGAGACCAUUUUGAGAUAGGGUUAGCAACGAAUAAGCCAUUACAUGAAAUCGUCAAUGCCAAUAGUUGAAACUAAAACCUUUGCUUAUCUUAUGAGCUUACGCUUUAGAUCAAGAGCAGUUGAGCUCUACUAAAAAACUAUCGACGUAAACGCAUUUUUUAUUGGAGUCAAAUUUAAAUAUUAAAUAGUUCCCACGAUUUCCUACAUAACAAUUUGUGAUAACAAUACUCUCAUUCUAUGUUCAUCGAUAUUUUCUUUAAAUUAUAUAGAAUAAACUUGCACGCAAGUGUUAGUUUUCGUACCAAGUUCAUUCAAUAUGAUAAUGCAUACGUUGAGAAUGAUUGUAAGAAAAAUAUAUUGAUCAAAAGUGAAGAUUCAGUUUAUAACGCAGUAAAUAUUUCACAUGGUAACUCAUAAUAAAUGUAACUUCAUCGAUUAUAAUAAUGUUAAUAACAGCAAUUAAAACGAUACAAUAAAUUUCGAAAUUGAAAUGAGUGGACGUGGUCAUGUAAAUGUACGACUGCCUUACUAAGUCAGAACGAAAUCAAUGGGGAAUGAAGUUAAUCGGGUGUUGGUUUUUUGUUUUUGUUCGAAAAUGAUAACCUUGUAAUAACCUAACAACAAAGUUAAUACAUACCACUAUUAACUAUUGAAUCAAGCAUAAUACGCAUUUUCUAAAACAUUUAAUUUUUCUACGAGCAUAACUGUUAACGUUUAUGUGUACAGAAGUGACAACAAUUAGUAAAGUGCAAUUAGUAAUAGCUAUUGGACCGCCCGAUUUUAAUAAAAUGACAGUGCAAUUUCCUUGUGGGACGAUCUGGCAGUACCAUCAUAAUUGAAAUAUUAUAUGUUUUUGUUGUAAUAAAGUACCAUAUGUAUUGUAUAAGCAUAAUCGAAGGACCUUACACUAACAAAACCAGUACAAUUUCUUUUUUAAUUUCAUAUUUGUUUUUUUUUCUCCCGUUGCAAAAGUAAUCUUAUGAGGUAUUAACUUAUUGUUCAUUAUUUGCUGCUUCCAGUCAUGCGCACACAAUUGUAUUUAAAAAUAGAAAGACUUGUAAUAAAAACAU